AUGAGAACAUUGUUGCUACGCUCUGCUACUGCAAUUGUCACUACUUCCUUCCUGGCGAUACCCAUUACGGCGUUUCAUCGCUCUCAUCAAUUGGCCAACAACAACUCACAAACAACAACAACACCCCAUAAUAAGAACAAUAACAAUAUCUCGGCCUUGAAAAUGUCAACUCCCACGUCGUAUCCCGAACUGGUCGUCUAUGACAUGGAUGCCUGUCUUUGGGACCAAGAAAUGUAUACCAUGAGUUCCUUGCCAUCCAAGAAAAUCAUGGGGGAUCUGAAUGGAAGAGGAGAAGGAGUCAUUGGCGUCAUGAGUGGCCGUGACCAGAUUUCCUUGCACCAAGGAUCCUUGCUGAGCUUGCAGGAACACCACGACAAGAAAUAUCCCGGAAUGAAGAUUGCCAUGGCUUCGUCCGCAGAUACGCCCUUUGCCGAAAAGGUCGGCAGAGCCUCGUUGCAAAUGCUCGAGGUGGUCCCUGGAGUGACGGUCUGGGAUUUGUGCAUGCGAGAUUGGAAUGGCCAGGACGUCAAUCAAAUUGGUCGUCAACCACCUCUCUCCAGCAACAAAGCGGCCACGCAUUUUCCAUUUUUGCGCAAACUGACUGGUGUGAGAUACGAUCGAAUGCUCUUUUUUGACGACUGCAAUUGGGGGGAUCAUUGUGGCAUGGUCGAACGUGGCUGCAAAGAAGAGGAUUCCGAUGUGGGUCCCGUGACGGUCCGAACUCCAAGAGGUUUGGGAGAAAAGGAAUGGUACCAAGGAUUGGAAAAGUAUGCCGCUCGUAUUGCUAAUGAUGGGACUUAA